AUUAAACCUUAUACUCUAAAUUCAAUACAUUCUAAUGCAUAUAUGCUUAGGUUUUGUUUUCAAUGUUUAAAUGCAGUUAUCACGUUCUUUAAAUGAAAUAAUCGUGUAUGAUGACAUGAAAUAUUUUGUGCAAAAGGCACAUAAAUAUUUUCUACUUGCCAUGGUUGUAACAUCUUCAUAAUCAGUUUCAUGCUGUUUUAAGAAAUCGUGGAUGCCAUUUUUCCUGGUAUUUUAGGAUAAUGGAAACAUUAGGAGAAGGAACAAGCCGGCGCAGUGAAAGAAAGAGAAAAAGAAAAGAAUCCUACUCUCCUGAAGGAAAGAAAGAAGGAAAAAAGAACAAACAUGAUGGACAGAAAACCCAAAAUAAAUCAAAGUUACACUCCAACAGACCUUAUGAUAUUCUUCCAGAUGGAGAACCUUUUUCUUGCCAUCUCUGUAAGUCCCCAUAUGUGGUCAAUCCAAUAUCAAAAGGUGUAAAGAAGACAGGACGGUCCAGGCAUACACCUCUACCACAGAUACGGACGGACAGGAACACUGGGAGAGAAAUGACAUUAUGUAAUGCAUGUGUUCAGAUCUUUGACCGUCCUCAGCGAAGAGUUAUCAAAACAGCUACAGUGCCUUCUGAAGAUGAAAAGAAAGAGUAUCUGACAGAAGUUGAGCAUUUUGUCAAAACCUUAAAAGCAUCUUUUGAUGAUCCAUUAGUGGAGAAGUUAUUUUGCCCUCUCAGUCAGAAGAAGUUGUGUGGAUGUUUACAGAAAUAUAUACAGUCAACAGGAAACAGUCAUGUACCAGUAUUCAUCUCACUGAUGAAUGACGCAAUAGAACUAAGGAAGGAGAAAUCAUACCCUGUCACAGACAGUAACAAGAAAGUCAAGCUUAUUGGUCUGGGAAACGGUCACAAGAAAUCUAAACGUUAUGAAGAAUUUGUGUUGACAAAAAGACGUGUAUUGAAAGAUGACAUGAGACUUUGUGAGAGAGCCACACAGAAAAUAUUGAUGUACUCAAACAACUUCCUACAUAAAAGAUUGAAGACUGAAAAUAGACCUUGUAGAGUAGAGAGAACAAGAGGGAAAGCUGCACUAGGUCAGCUACCUGAUCUACAUACGAUGAUGGAUCAACACUGCUGUACUGAUAAUUGUGUCAUGCUUGCAUUAACUCACAAAAGAUUGUUACAAGAUUGGAGGGACCGAGCUUUACAAGGUCAGCAAGAGGCUCGUAGAGUAAUGGCGGAAAUGUUAACCCCAGCAGGAGCAACACAUAUCAAUUGUUACAACUUCAUUUCCAUGGUAACAGGCUGUUCCCAGACAACAAUAGCUAGGGUCUAUAAUCAGAUGAUUGAUACAGGCGGACUAAGAGACCCUCCGGAACAUGGCAUGAAGAGGGUGUGGCAGGAACAUUAUAAACAUGUUACAAAAACAUCAUAUGGAAACAAAGAGACAAGUUCAAGUGCGAUAGCUAAUGAGGGUCUUUCACAGGAAGUGGCAUCACAGAAUAGCCAGACCAGUCCGAAUGCAGGCAUCAGUGUUGAAACUUUAAAUGCAGUUAGACAACACAAAUUGGCCUGGAUUCAAGACAUUGCUAAGAAACAGUUACAACAACAACAAAUUGCCUCACACCUCCAGGAUCUCAUUUCAAGAAAGAAAAACAACCUUGUUCAACAGAAUAUGACUCAAGAACAGUUGCACAGGAAGGCAGAUGAUAUCAGUCAUAGCCAAUUAGUAAAAUCCACAAACAGUUUAGCAAUGGAGCAGUUACAGAAUAACCCUUUAUCAAAUGUGUUUGGCUUAAAUCCAACUGUCAUUGAUACUCAUCGACAAAUUGUAACCGGCCAAGGUCAUCAUUACUCUGGUCAAGGUCACAUGCAACACGUGCUGUUACACCCCCCUCCCCAGUAUGGGGUACAUCAGUCUAAUAUGGAAAGGCAAUGGAACCAGUCCCAGCUAAAUUUUCCAAUAAAUGUUAACCAGACUAAUUAUUUGCUUACUGGGGAUCAUCAAGUUCUUCCUGUUAUACCAGUAUUUAAACAAGGACAUGAAGGGCAAGUGAUUCCCAGUUCUAAUCCUGUUACACAGAUACCAGGUGAAAAUAACAACCAAACUAGAUCUGUACAAACGUCUUUUUCACAAAAUGAAACAGUCCAAACAAUAGACCAACAUGAUACUGGCAUAAACAGCUUUGGGACAAGUCAGAGUGCUAGAGGAAAAACAAAUAAUUCUGUUGUAAAUGAUAUCAAUUCUUUACUAAACCCGAUUCAGUCACCAGCAUUGAGACAGUACCAAAUAGUGAGUGAUCAAGGGGUUCAAUUACUUAAUAUUCCAAGUUCAGUCAUUGAACAAAGCAUUGGACAAAAAGCAAUCAAUGUUCAGCAGACACAGACUUCAGACAAACCUGAAGUAUUUGUGUCUACUUCACUGGCCUCAGUGGACCAAAGUGAAAAUAUAAACCCAAAUAUUUAUUUUCAUCUUGUGCCAGAAAGUCCAGAGAAAUCAAGACAAUUUAUAGCAGAGAAAGUAACAAGUAGACAUAUGCCUAAACCUUCAGUUUCCAUACAAAAUGGUGGUUUUGAAUUUAUAGACAAACCUGCGUCAAAUAUUGAUCAAAUUUCUGAAUGUAAAAUUAGUAAUGAUACUCGUGACCAUGAAACAAAAAAGCAAUCUGAAAACGCCACCCACAGAUCAAAUGUUCAUAAUUUAAAUGAAAAGGAUUUAUUGAUAGAUCAGUCAAUGUCAGAGAACAGUUCAACAAUGAUUCCUGAUAGUGUUUCUAAUCAAUCUGGUCCAGCUCUUGAACUGGCAAAUCAAACACAGCUUAUUGUACCUGUCAGUUUUUUUCCAUCAUCAAGUUCAAGUGGAGUUGGAUCUGAGCAGAUUCCAUCCCAAAUUCAAAUAAGUUUCCAAACGUGUUCAACAGAAAAUGAUCAACCAAGUUUUACACAACAAAUAAUUCUUCCCCAUGGUAAUGUGGUUACUCUGCCACUGAUACCAAUGUCUUCAAGUAAAGAUGUGGAUAUGCCAAUGCCAGCAAGUAUUUCAACUUUUUCAAGUAAGGAAAAUAUGACCCAGGUUAACAAUGUUUCACAUGAUGGAGUACCAGAACACAUCAAAAGUCUUCAAAGAGAAAAUUUGCCGCAAGAUUGUAUUGAACAAAGAGCAAAAGUUAUUGCUGUUGAUAAGCAUAACAUAACAGAAUCAAACCCUUCAAAAUCUAGAAAUUGCAGUGGAAAUUCUAGAAAGUCUAGAAACUCUAGUGAUUCAUCAGAUAAGUCUAAAAGAUCAGUGGUUCAUUUUUCGGACACAAGCAAAUUAGAAUCUCACCAGGAACAUGGCCAUGCAAACCUGAGACCUGAAACCUUAACUGACUUUCAUUUUGUUACAAAAAUUAAUAAAAGCAGACAUCGGCAGUAUAGUGGUAACUCUGAGCAUGGUGACAGAUCCAGAAAAUCGAGUGGAAAUUCGGUGUUUAGUGAAACAUCAAGUCACACAAGCGGGUUAACACUUUCAAAUUUGGCUUCACCUAAUAUAUUUCUUGACAAGGAGAAAGGCAUAUUUUUCAUACAGUCAAUGGAUGGUCUAGAUGAAAUUGACAAUGCCCAACUGGUUGAUUUAAUACAGGCAGUAGAAGCAGACCAGACUAUUGGAACUGAAAAACAUGGAAAGACCUCUGCAAAUGAAAGGAAUGUUGGCGAGUUUGUUGAACAGAACAAGUCUGAUAAAUCAGACAACGAAAAUAUAGAUUUUUCUAGAAAUACUGUGAUUGGGAAGCCGAAAAAGAUAAAACAUGUUAAUAUGGAAGACAUUCUUAUUGAAAGUGUUGAACCACACGUCAGUGGGUUUGAUUCUCAAAAUAUUGAUUUAUUGAGACAUGGUGUUGCAUACUCUAAUAAUGAUGCAAAAUUGUCUGAAGAAUCUUCUGAUAAAACUAACCGAUUGGAAGAGACACACAAGGAAUUAGAUACAGUGGUUGUGGAUGAGCACUCGGAGAGAAAAAAUGGCAAGAGGAAAGAAAAACAAAACAAUAAGAAGGCUUUAACAGGGAGCAAAAAUCACAGCCAUGUAAGAAAACAUAAAAACAUGCCUUCUGAUAUUUUUAUUCCAAAUGCAAUAUUAUCGAAAGACGGGAGUCAGCAUUUGGGUAAUGGCCCAACAACUAAGUCGUUUGUACCAAUUGCACCAAAGAUAUCGCAGAAAAUGUGGAAUGUGGAAAUAAAUGAUCAAAAGGAGCAUAACAGCCGCCUUUCCCACAAUGCUCCAGUAUUGAGUAGUUUGCUUUCAAGAAAACCUAUGUUUUAAUUUAUUGAAGUGAAUAACAUAAUGAAUGAUUUUUAAAUGAAGGUUUUCGUUAACCAUAUACAAGUAUGUUCACGAUUUUGUGAAAUUGUUUCUCAUUGGUCUUAAUAUCUUCCGGUAUAUUUUGUAUAUACCUUAAAGUUGAAUAAAGUAGACUUGGAGACGUGUA